AUGGCGACAUCGACUCUCGUUCAGUAUAUUGUGGUGCGUUCUGAUCUCAAGGCAUCUCUGUCCUGGUCUCUCGGUGCGGUAAUCGCACAGGCUUGUCACGCCUCUACUGCUGCGCUACAGAAAUUCGCAGAGCACGAGGAUACACGGGCUUACGUGGCAGAUCUGGAGAACAUGCACAAGGUGGUACUAGGGGUCAGUGAUGAAGUCAAAUUGGCCUUCCUUUCUCAGCGCCUCGAAGGCGAGCACAUCGACUUUGUGUUGUGGCGUGAGCAGCCUGAGAACAUCCUUACUGCCCUUGCUCUCCGUCCCUACCACAAGAAAGCUGUUCGAAAUCUACUUACCGAGUACCCACUGCUUAGUUAG